AUGGGACUGGGGGAGCUGUGGAACCAGGAGGAGCAGGCCUGGAGCCAAGAGUCGGGUCUAGACAUGACCAAACCUCAGAAAUCUGAUCCUGAGAUUGGCAGGGUAAGCUCAUUUCUCAUAGUGGUCGUCUAUCUGUUGCUCAUCGUUGUUGGCCAGACCUACAUGAGAACGCGGACGGGCUUCAGCUUGCAGAGGCCGCUCAUCCUCUGGUCCUUCUUCCUGGCAAUAUUCAGCAUCCUGGGUACACUGAGGAUGUGGAAGUUUAUGGGAACAGUGCUGUUUACAGGGGGCCUCAAGCAAACUGUGUGCUUUGCCAUCUACACGGAUGACGCCGUAGUCAGAUUCUGGUCCUUGCUUUUUCUUCUCAGCAAAAUUGUUGAACUGGGAGACACGGCCUUCAUCAUCCUGCGUAAGCGUCCACUCAUCUUUGUCCACUGGUACCACCACAGCACAGUGCUACUGUUCACAAGCUUUGGCUACAAGAACAAAGUGCCUUCAGGUGGCUGGUUCAUGACCAUGAACUUUGGCGUCCAUUCUGUCAUGUACACCUACUACACGAUGAAGGCUGCCAAGGUGAAGCAUCCCCACCUUCUCCCCAUGGUCAUCACCAGCCUGCAGAUCCUGCAGAUGGUUCUGGGCACCAUCUUUGGCAUACUGAAUUACAUCUGGAGGCAGGAGAAAGGAUGCCACACAACAACGGAACACUUCUUCUGGUCCUUUAUGCUCUAUGGAACCUAUUUCAUCCUAUUCGCUCACUUCUUCCACCGAGCCUACCUCAGGCCCAAGGGCAAAGCUGCGUCCAAGAGCCAAUGAGAGUUGGAAAGAAAGAUGGAGCCUCAGCUGUUCCUCCGUGGCACUAAGGGUUAGGUGUGGGAGAAUGAUUAGGGUACCUCCCUGUAUGGUUUCCCCCAUGGGAUAUGUACCCUCAAAGUUGCAGGAAGCUAUGACAACCAAGAAAUGUCACCCUUGGGAUAGGGGUGUAUAGGUUUGGUACUUUGAUGUUUCUAUCUUUAAUGUGAAGGAAAACCAAGCCCUAGGAAGGAGAUAGGACUGAGGUCCUUGAAAUUGAGUUAUUUAUAUUUAUAUUUAGAAAUCUUUCUCUUCUUGCUCUAUUUUUUAAAGAGGUCAACAUGAUCUUGAGCAUUUGUGGACUUGGAGGGGAGCGUGGACUGACUCUGUGGUAGGAGGAGUGACCUGCAGGUGGGGAGCCUGAGGGUGUGUGGAAGAAUAGAGGCACACACAAACACUCAAUAAGAAUCCUAGGCCUGGUAGGCACUUAAUAAAUGUCUGUUACAGAC